AUGACAUUAAUUAACUCAAUCUCCAAAUUCGGUUCAAUCAAAUCAUCAGGAUCAAACCAAAUUUUCAAUUCAUCAUUGAAUGUUGGUGAAUUUGGUACAAAUGAAAUUUCAGUCCUCGCAAAUACAAGUGUUAAAGCAAACACCAAUACCACUCUUAGUGCACCUGGUCUUACCAAUAUUAAUGCUAAAACUACAACUGGUGCAAAUGUAAAAGUAUAA